GUGGACUACAAAGGCAAGGGGGUUAGGGUGGUUUAUUUAUUUAUUUUCACUUUUCUUGACAACUCGAGCUGUCACUGUCGAGAUGUUCUCAUAAGCUCAGUAGAAGUGAGUGGAAGUGGGAGGGUCUGUGUCUGCGUGUGUGUGCUACAACCACUUAACGUGACUCUGAAGUUGUAUCUGCGGGGAGAUAAUCAUUACAAGCGUGGACUCUCGACAGGAGCCGGGGUGAGUGGACCGGUGAGAUGCUGUUGAAACACCACAGAAGCCCUCUUCUGCUCACCGUCACCUGCAUGUGCUUCUCAGGAGGUCUGCUCUGGUCCUACCAAGAAGAGGAUGCCAGCGACGGAGAGAAGUGCUCCGAGAAUAACGUCUCUACCACGAAGUACCCCUGCGUGAAGUCGACCGGGGAGGUCACGACGUGCUACAGAAAGAAAUGUUGCCAGGGCUUCAAGUUUGUUUUGGGCCAGUGCAUUCCUGAAGACUAUGACGUGUGUGCUGGCGCCCCCUGUGAGCAGCAGUGUACUGACCAUUUUGGUCGAGUGGUGUGCACCUGUUACCCCGGCUACCGCUAUGACCGUGAGCGCCACAGAAACAGAGAGAAGCCCUACUGCCUCGACAUUGAUGAAUGUGCAGACAAAAACACCAGCGCCUGCUCUCAGACCUGCAUCAACUCCGUGGGGAGCUACAGGUGUGAGUGUGAGAAAGGCUAUUUCCUGGAGGAAGAUGGGAAAACAUGCACCAAGGGGGAGAGAGUGCAUCUCUUUGAGAAGUCCGAUAAGGUCAUGAAUGCUGGAACAUGCUCAGCCACAUGUGAUGAUUUCCACCAGAUCAAGAUGUCCGUCCUCCAGCUUAAACAGAAGAUGGCUGUGCUGUCAAACAGUGCUGAUGUCCCUGAGCAGAUGACGAGUGAGAAAACUUUGACGUCUCCUAUAUUUUUACCGGGGCCUCCAGGUUCCCCUGGACCUCCAGGUGACCCAGGACCACAGGGCCCUCCAGGACUUACAGGACGUUUGGGGGCCCCUGGCCCGCCUGGUCCCCGGGGAUUGAUGGGACCUGUUGGACCCACACCAGACCUGUACCACAUCAAAAGAGGCCCCCGAGGACCUGUGGGGCCGCCAGGAGCACCAGGAAAAGAUGGAAUAAAGGGGGAUAGAGGAGCUCCUGGGCCUGCCGGACCACCAGGCCCUCCAGGCUCCUUUGACUUCCUGCUACUGCUGAUGGCAGACAUCCGUAAUGACAUCGCCGACCUGCAGAGCAAAGUGUACGGCCGAUCGAUCCAGUCUCCAGAGGAGGACUUUCCCGAGGUCCCCGACAGCUGGAGAGAUGCCCAGGACGGCGUGGAUACAGGCUCAGGCGAAGACUAUAAGGAAACUCCACCUCGAACAGGUCUAGGGUCCAAGAGGAACAGGAAGAGGAAACCAGCGCGAGAGAGAACAGACUGAACAGACUAUGUAUGUAUGUAUCUAUGUAUGUAUGAAGAGGGUGGAUUUAAAUAUUUUAUGUCAGGUGUAAAUAUUGCAGAGAUUUGCCUUUUUUAUUUAACUGAUCUGAAACAGAACGUACUGUAAUGCCGUUUGAUCACAGAUGUUUAUUUUUGUAUGACAUAUUAUGUGUGAUUGUUCUUUAACAUAAAUGCGCCGAUGCACAUCUCUGCACACACAGCACAUUAAACAAGUCUCCCAUGAAAGCCUUAUAUUAUUACUUUA